AUGAAGAGAGGGAAGGAUGAGGAAAAGGUGAUGGGGCCAAUGUUCCCUAGACUACAUGUCAAUGAUACAGAAAAGGGAGGACCAAGAGCACCACCUAGGAAUAAGAUGGCCCUCUAUGAGCAGUUUAGUAUUCCCUCUCAAAGGUUCAAUUCUGGUGUUUUGCCACUCAACCCAAAUAUUUCCAGUAAUAAAGUCCCCCCUGCAUCCUCAAGUCAGGGGACUGUCCCUGAAAGAAAUAAUGUCUUCCCUGUUCAUUUGCCAUCUCAGAAACCUAUUCGUCGAGUAGAAAAAUGUCACUCUCGCCAAUCAGAAGGGGCAAAUUUGAGUUGUUCUCUUGAACAGAGAAAGAAGGUAGAUGAAGAUGACUUUAGGGUUCCUGUAUAUAUUCAUUCAAGGGUUGGUCAAUGUAAUGAUAAAAGUGUUGAGAGUUUCAACAGAAAAAGACUCACUCCUACAGGCUCUAGGCUUUUUGUUGCUGGGCAAAGUGAUUGUGAAAGGGUUCCUAAACAAUUUGGACCCUCACAUGCCAAUACGAGGAAAGAUGCGCGAAGUGAGACAGAUGAUCUUCCACAAGUAAGUAAAAAAGACCGACCAUUGAUGUCUGUCCGAAACAUAUCAACAAGACAAAAUAUUGACGCCUUAGUAAUGCAAGCCAAGGUGACGCCGAAUCAAGAGUUUCAAGAUUGUCGUGUAUCAAAAUUUAACAGAUCAUCAAUGCAAGGUGAUGCUUACUUACGAAAGGAUUGUGGAGUGGGCUCUCAAUCCAAUGACAUAGGACAUAGUGGUUCUCUUGUUGAAUCUUCAAGGGAGACAGAUAAGGGAAAUGCGGCUGCAGCAAACCAAACCGUCAGUACAGCUGAGGCAACCAAUGACACUGAACAUCGUGAUACCAGGACGGGCAGUCUGAUACAAAGUGGAAACUUAAAUGGAGGAGACAAUGCUUCAAAGUUCUCCAUGGUAGAAAAUUUGUCAACUGUGCAAAUUUCUCCAGAUGAUGUUGUUGGAAUAAUAGGUCAAAAACAAUUUUGGAAAGCUAGAAGAGCAAUUGCCCAUCAACAGAGAGUGUUUGCUGUCCAAGUGUUUGAACUGCAUAGAUUGAUAAAGGUCCAACAACUAAUUGCUGGAUCCCCAGAUAUUUUGCUUGAAGAUGGCACUUUUAUGGGAAAGUCUCCUCCAAAGGGAUCAACUCCCAAAAAACUUUCACUGGAAUAUGUUGUAAAACCUUGGCAACAAAACCUUAAGCGCAAAGACGAUUGUGAAAAGUUAAAUCAUAAAAUGGAAUGUUCUGCAGAGAAUGCAGUUGGCAAGACAUCUCUCUCAUCAGUGAAAAACGGUAGCCACCUUUCAGACUACACCCCUUUUCCAAGAAAUCCACACCACGCAAAUUUGGCUGCUGACAGUGGGAUGGGCCCUUGGUGUUUCCCUCAGUCACCUGGGCACCAAUGGUUAAUACCUGUCAUGACUCCUUCGGAAGGGCUUGUCUACAAGCCAUAUCCUGGGCCUGGAUUAACAGGAACAGAUUGUGGAGGGUGUGGGCCUGCCCCUUUUGGUGGUAAUUUUAUGAAUCCUUCCUAUGGAAUCCAAACUUCUCAUCAAGGAGUUGGGGUUUCACCGCACACUCCUCCUGGCAAUCUUGCUUACUUCCCUCCAUAUGGCAUGCCAGUUAUGAAUGCAACAAUUUCAGAGUCAGCUGUUAAUCAGGUGAACCAGUUCUCUGGACUAGGUUCUCACAGGCAUUAUGUUCAUUUACCUAGAGGGGAAGCCAAUCAUAAGGCAGACAAUCAAAGCUCUUCUAAUUUACCAACUCUGAGAAAGGGAGCAUUAUCACAUGUCCUGAAAUAUCAGACAUCUAAGGAUUUUGAGUUGCAGGGGAGUACAGCAAGUAGUCCUGGUGAAAUGGCACAGGGAUUAAGCACUGGGCAAGUUGCAGAAGGAAGAGAUGUUCUUCCUCUUUUCCCUAUGGUUCCGGCAGAACCAGAGUCGAUUCGUCAGUCUCUUGAAACCGGAAAACCACCUCGAGUAAUCAAAGUCGUGCCUCACAACCGAAUAUCUGCAACUGAGUCAGCAGCUAGAAUUUUUCAGUCAAUUCAAGAAGAGAGAAAACAGUAUGACUCACUGUAG